AUGAUUGAAUCCUUGAUCAGCAUCGCCUUCUACAUCUCCACGGCGGUGACACUAUUACUGUUCUUAGUUCCUUCAAGAUACGACCCGAGACUGUUCGACAGGAGCAAAAAGGAUGCUUCCAAUGCACCCAAAACGACGACGCAGAUUCUCGUCCUGGGCGAUAUCGGCCGCAGCCCGCGCAUGCAGUACCAUGCUUUGAGUAUCGCAAGGGGAGGAGGCCAGGUAGACAUUAUCGGUUACAAUGAAUCAGAAGUUCAUCCCGACAUCUCGUCCAAUCCUAGAAUAUCCAUAAUCGCCCUUCCACCGCACCCGACCUUCCUGCAAACAAGUAAUAAGUUGCUCUUUCUGCUAUUUGGUCCGCUGAAAGUAGCCUUCCAGAUUGUAUGUCUCUGGUGGGCUCUUGCUUACCGCACGCAGCCCGCUCAAUGGCUACUCGUUCAGAACCCGCCUUCCAUCCCUACGUUGGCAAUCGCGUCCAUGGUAUCGUUCCUCCGGCAUACCAAGUUGAUAAUCGACUGGCAUAACUUUGGGUACACCAUUUUGGCGCUCAAACUCGGGGAUGGACACCCACUUGUGCGAUUUUCCAAAUGGUAUGAGAAGAGCUUCUGUAGAUACGCCACGGCGCAUUUUUGUGUUACAGAAGCCAUGGCUUCCGUUUUGAAGAGCGAUUUUGGCCUCACAGCCCCCAUACUGCCCUUGCAUGACCGGCCAGCAAGCCAUUUUCAGCCCAUCUUGGAUGAAAGCGAGCGGAACAGUUUUCUUGAAUCUUUGCCGGAAACAGCCUCAGUGAAGCACCUGCUCCAGGCCGGGUCCCUCCGUGUAAUAGUCAGUUCGACGUCCUGGACAGCUGACGAAGACUUCUCGUUACUCAUUGACGCAUUGUGCCGGUAUUCGAACAUGGCAACCACCAGCAAGCCCGGAUUACCCGCUGUUCUGGCCAUCAUUACUGGGAAAGGACCUCAGAAGGACAUGUACCUGAAGCAAAUAUCAAAGCUUCAAGAAGUGGGCAAGCUCAGCAAGGUCUCAAUUCGCACCACAUGGUUAACCACAGAUGAUUAUGCGCGCCUUCUGGCGUCUGCUUCCCUGGGAAUCAGCUUACAUACCAGUAGCAGCGGUGUCGACCUGCCCAUGAAAGUGGUUGACAUGUUCGGGGCUGGAUUACCAGUGCUUGGCUGGGAUCGUUUUCAAGCCUGGCCCGAGCUAGUAACAGAAGGUGUGAACGGUAUGGGCUUUGGAAGUUCUGGUGAGCUCCUUGACCACCUUGUUGAUCUGUUUGAGAACCCAAGUAAGCUCGAGAAGAUCCGUACCGGUGCUCGCAAAGAGAGUAAUCGUCGUUGGAAUGACGAAUGGGAUCCUAUAGCUGGCAAACUCUUAGGCCUCGCAUAA